UCAGAGAAAUGUCGCCGAAACUUCAUUUUUAGAUAAAGUUACUUUUCAUAUUCUCGAUACAUAGGCACCCACGACGCCGGAAAACCCCCCGCUCCCCCUCUCUCUGCGUCGAUCAUGGCAGUCGGCGUUCUUGCUCUCCAAGGUUCAUUCAACGAACACAUGGCAGCUCUGAGGAGGCUCGGUGUGACGGGAGUCGAGGUGAGGAAGCCAUCGCAGUUGGAGUCCAUCGAGGCCCUCAUCAUCCCUGGAGGAGAGAGCACCACCAUGGCCAAGCUCGCCAACUACCAUAAUCUCUUUCCAGCUUUGAGAAACUUCGUUAAUUCAGGAAAACCAGUUUGGGGAACCUGUGCAGGACUCAUUUUCCUUGCAAAUAAAGCUACUGGCCAAAAGUUGGGCGGCCAAGAGCUUAUUGGGGGACUGGACUGCACAGUUCACAGAAACUUUUUUGGCAGCCAGGUUCAGAGCUUUGAAACCGAACUUGCAGUUCCUAAGCUUGCUGAACAGGAAGGUGGUUCUGAUAGAUGUCGGGGAGUGUUUAUACGUGCACCAGCCAUUCUAAAAGCUGGACCAGAUGUUGAAGUACUAGCAGAUUAUACUAUUCCCUUGGAUAAGUUGGGAACUGUAGCAUCUGAUUCUGAAGCUAAGGCUAUAACAGAAUCUCUGGGGAAAGUGAUAGUUGCCGUGAGGCAACGGAACAUACUUGGGACUGCUUUUCAUCCUGAGCUGACUUCCGAUAUCCGAUGCAGGCAUAGUUACUUUUUGAAGAUGAGAAAGGCGAGUGAUGAAACUAACUUGCUGUGCUUGGACUUGUCAAAUCAAAAUUCUUAUUAUCAUAUUGGCAGAAGACCUUCUGACCUGCCCAUUUUUGAAUAGUAUUGUAUUACAUGAAUGAUUAUCCAGUUUCGUAUGAUUAAUGCCUCAUGUGAAAUUCAUCAUUUACUCUAAUACUUUGCUUUAAAAGGUUAAUAUUUGAUUCAGCAUUUUUUGUU